AUGGGUGUAAAAUUGCAGGCAUUUUGGAGGGCUUGUUCUACCAAUCUCUUUGAUUAUGAAACUCAAAAGGUGGUGCAAAUUAAUUCCUUCAAAAUCGGAUGUACAUAUCGCUUAAUUCAACUCGGAAUUGUUCUGUAUGUUGCCCUCUGGGUAAUGUAUUACGAAAAAGGAUAUCAAGCCUUCGAUGAAGCUACAAGUGGAGUCACUGCCAAACUUAAAGGCAUUGCUUUUUCGAAUUUCAGUGGACAGAACAUAGGAGCUGUGGUCUGGGAUGCUGCAGACUAUGUUGUACCUCCUCAGCAGCGUUCCGCUUUCUUUGUAAUGACAAAUCUUAUUAGUACACCCGGACAGACGCUAAGUACAUGCGACGAGUCGCCUGAUGUAUUUGAGAGCAUCUGCACGACUAAUAAUGACUGCAUAUCUGGUCGGAUAAUAAUGUCAGGCAGUGGUGUACAAACUGGUCGAUGUAUUGCUUCAAAGCGAAAGCCACAUCAGAAUGUCUGUGAAAUCUAUGGUUGGUGCCCUACAGAAAACGAUGUCCUUCCAGAUAAAUUUAUCCUCCAGAACGCUCCAAACUUCACUGUGCUUUUAAAAAAUAGCAUUGAAUUUCCCAGAUACCGCGUUAAAAGGCGGAACAUUUUAAGCUGGAUGGAUAAGCGUUUUCUUUCAACCUGUCGAUAUAAUCCACAUGAUGAACGGAUGAAGUAUUGUCCAAUCUUUCGUCUAGGUGACAUUAUGGAAUAUACUGGAGCGGAGAACAAAAAUAUUUGGUAUAAGGGAGGAAUGGUUUCUAUUCACAUAGAGUGGAACUGCAAUCUGGACUACGAUGAAAAUCAGUGUCUUCCGAAGUAUAUUUUCCGCCGACUUGAUGAUUUCGAAAGUGCCGUAGGAAAAGGUUGGAAUUUCCGUUUCAGUCAUCAUUACCUUGAAAAUGGUAUUAGAAAACGAAAUCUCAUUAAGGCCUAUGGGAUUCAGUUCUUUAUUACCGUCUAUGGCAAAGGAGGCAAAUUUCACCUUCUAACGUUCUCCAUGAACUUGGGAUCUGGACUUGCUCUUCUGGGAAUUGCAACAGUGCUCUGUGAUACCAUAGUUCUGAAUAUUACGAGGAAAAGGGAUCUCUACCGAAAUGCUCGAGUUGAUCUUGUGGCUCAAAGGCAGAGGAGCAAGAUGAAAUCGAAAAAAUUCCGAGUGGCAAAUCAGCAAAAUUCCCCAAGAAGAGAGAACUCUUUUCCAAUUCUACGGCGAGUUGAUAGUAAGUCUCGUGUGAAUAGUUCGACCGAUAUAAUCUGUAUGGGUUCGGAGUCUGCCAGCCUUUCUUAUUCCACUACUGUCUGA